AUGCAGCUGACCCACGAUCCAGAAGGCAAAUUGCUCGGCAUCUUAGGAAUGGGUGGCAUUGGUUCAGCAUUCGCCAAACGCGCAGCUCCAUUCGGUAUGCGGAUUCAGUAUCACAACCGCAAGCCUGUUUCGAAGGAGCGUAACGUGGUGGGUGCAGAGUACGUGGGGUUUGAAGAACUGAUACGUACAAGCGACAUCAUCAGCAUUCACCUUCCCCUAAACUCGUCCACCCGCGGCAUGAUUAGCGCGAGAGAGUUGGAGAUGAUGAAACCUGGGGUGGUAAUCAUCAACACCGCGCGGGGGCCUAUCGUGGACGAAGCGGCUCUGGUGGAGGCACUCGAAAGCGGCAAGGUGUUCGCUGCAGGUCUAGACGUGUAUGAGAACGAGCCAAUUGUGCAUGAAGGCUUAUUAAGGAAUGACAAGUGUAUUCUGAUGCCUCAUGUGGGUACAGCCACGUUAGAGACUCAAAGAAAGAUGGAAAUCCUGGUUCUGGAUAAUUUGAAUCUAGCCGUUACCGAAGGAAGACUGACAACACCAGUUGCUGAGAGUCAACAGGCUGGGCUUGGGUUGCAGAAGCCAAAUUAUGAUAGAUUGUAA